AUGAGCCUCGGUGGUGAUCUAUUGCCACAGUAUCAACAAGAGACACCAAAAACAUCACCACAUGUCAUUUUGCAUUAUUCGACAUUUAAAACGAUAUGGGAUUGGUCUAUUUUGGCUCUCACUUUUUAUACUGCUUUUAUUGUACCUUACAAUAUUGCCUUCAAGACACGGGAACAUCCACCUCGUGGUACCAUUGAUAUGGUCGCUCUUAUGGAUUCAAUCGUUGAUGUGAUAUUCUUUGCUGAUAUUUUGUUAAAUUUUCAUACAACAUUUGUUGGUCCCGGUGGUGAAGUUGUAAUCGAUCCGAAUACAAUAAGGUAUAACUAUUUUAAAUCAUGGUUUCUCAUCGAUCUCCUUUCUUGCCUUCCAUAUGAUAUAUUUUAUAUGUUUAAGCAUAAUGAUGAGAGAAUGGGAUCAUUAUUAAGUGCAUUAAAAGUGGUACGCUUACUUCGACUUGGACGUGUAGCACGUAAACUUGAUAAUUAUCUUGAAUACGGUGCGGCAACGUUACUUUUACUUUUAUGCGCUUAUGUACUUGCCGCUCAUUGGUUAGCUUGCGUAUGGUUUUCUAUUGGUGAAUAUGAAGUUAAGAUAAGGUUUUUAGUACCAACAAUGCCGGAAGGAUGGUUAACGAAGCUGUCGAAAGAAUUGAACUCACCUUUCAAUUAUACAUUUAAAGAUAAGCUGAGAUUGGUUGGUGGACCUCAACGAAGUUCUGCUUAUAUAAGUGCGUUGUAUUUCACAAUGUCGUGCUUAUCAACCGUUGGAUUUGGCAAUAUAGCAUCCACAACUGAUAAUGAGAAAGUAUUUGGCGUAUGUAUGAUGAUCAUUGCUGCACUAUUAUAUGCUGCUAUAUUUGGCCACAUGACUAAUAUUAUACAACAAAUGACAUCUGCUACUAUAGGAUAUCAUAACAUGAUAGCAAAUGUUCGAGAAUUCAUUAAAUUACAGGAGGUGCCAAAUGAGCUUGCUGAACGAGUAAUGGAUUAUGUAAUUAGUACCUGGGCAAUGACUAAAGGCAUCGAUACUUCAAAGGUUCUCAGCUAUUGUCCAAAUGAUAUGAAAGCAGAUAUUUGUGUACACCUGAAUAGAAAGGUAUUUAACGAACAUCCCUGUUUUCGGCUUGCUUCUGAUGGUUGUCUUCGACAAUUUGCCGUACAUCUUAAGAGCAAUCAUGCAGCUCCCGGUGAUUUGAUUUAUCAUACUGGUGAAUUGGUUGAUGCAUUAUGGUUUGUUGUUUCGGGAUCACUUGAAGUGAUACAGGAUGAUGAAGUUGUCGCCAUUCUUGGAAAGGGUGAUGUCUUUGGUGAUGAAUUUUGGAAACAGCUUGAAACGGGUCGAAGUGCUGCUAACGUUCGUGCUCUCACUUAUGCAGAUUUACAUUCCAUAAAAAAGAAUAAACUUAUGGAGGUGCUUUAUUUCUAUAAAGCAUUCGCAAAUUCAUUCGCUCGUAAUAUGGUGCUAACAUACAAUCUCACUCGUCGGUUAAAAUUCCGUAAAGUAGUUGAUGUGAAAAGAGAAAAGGAAUUGGAUGAAAGACUUAAAAAUGAAAAGCUUACGGUUCCAGCAGAACAUCCUGUUCGGAAAUUAUUAUUUAGGAUGCGUGAAAGAUAUGUUACCCGAAUACUUCCAUCAAAGAUCUUUGCUGAUCUCGAACUGCAAGCCAAGACAAGGCGAUCGCUAAUACGUAUGACCACUACUUCAGUGAAUGACUUGAAUGAAAUACAUUGGAGCAGUGAUAUUCAGCGGAAUAUCGAUAAUAUUAAUUUAAACCAGUUUCAUCCUGAACUGAAGAAAUGUUUUGAACGUAUUGAAGAGAAAUUGCAUACAGUUAAUUACAUUUCUCACAAAUUGGAGAAUUUGGAAAAACUUAUUUUUGAAUUGUAUCGCUCCAAUAAAGGAAAUGAUGAAGUGAAUAUAAGUGGAUCAAAAGAACGACAGGUAUUAUCUCCAGCAAUGGCAAUAAAUUUGAUGAGUACAAGUACGGAAUCAUUUGUACCAAUUAAUGCAUCGCCAUCUGUUAAAACAACAAUGCGUUUAUCUGUUCCCGUUCCACCACUACGGAAUCUCAGCACGGAUGAUGAAAAUACUGAAUUUCAAGAAUCAACGUCAAAAUUUUCUACAUUCGUAUAUGUUGAAGAUGAAAUAGCAAAUGGUAAUUUAAGUCCACCCAAACUAAGACGUAUUUAA